AUGCAAGCCUCCGGCUCGUCAACGCACCGGAAAACGUCUUGGCAAUCCCAGCGCAGAGCAUCUUUGCGGUCAGCAGUAUCAAGCCAUGCCCCUUCUUCUUAUCAUUCAACCCAUUCUGCAGCUCCAGCAGAUACUGUGCAGGAGGACCAGCGCCGUACAUCCACAGCGACCUCGUCUCAUUCGUCGCAACCAAAAUGGUGGCACAUAUAUCUAUUUCGAGGCAUGAUCAAUGAUGUUAAGCGCAGAGCUCCUUAUUACUGGAGUGACUGGACUGAUGCCUGGGAUUACCGCAUUGUGCCUGCGACAGUGUAUAUGUAUUUUGCUAAUAUCUUACCCGCGCUUGCUUUCUCAUUGGACAUGUUCGAGAAGACCAACCAGAGCUAUGGAGUCAACGAGGUUUUGCUUGCGUCUGUUCUCGGAGCUGUCGUUUUUGCUCUAUUGGCAGCUCAGCCACUGGUUAUUGUUGGUGUUACUGGGCCCAUUACUGUGUUUAAUUAUACAGUCUACGAUAUCAUCAGCCCCCGUGGAACCCCUUAUCUCGCAUUCAUGUGCUGGAUUGGAAUAUGGUCAUUGGUUAUGCAUUGGCUUCUGGCUAUCACAAAUGCGUGCAAUGGACUCAAAUUUGUCACUCGAUUCUCGUGUGAUAUCUUCGGCUUCUAUGUUGCCUGCAUCUAUCUGCAGAAGGGAAUCCAGGUCCUCACUAGACAAUGGGCAUCAGUCGGUGAGGCUUCAGCAUAUCUCGCUAUCAUGGUGGCUCUUCUUGUCUUAAUGGCUGCUUGGAUCAUUGGGGAGCUGGGCAACAGUAAUCUAUUCCAACGAUAUGUUCGAAAGUUCCUUGAAGAUUAUGGCACACCUUUGGUCAUUGUUUUCUUUACGGGCUUCGUCCACUUUGGUCAUAUGCGUGAUGUUGACGUUGCUGUGCUUCCCACCAGCAAGUCAUUCUUCCCCACACUCGAUCGGCCGUGGCUGGUACACUUCUGGAACAUUGACGUUGGGGACAUCUUCCUGGCUAUUCCAUUCGCUCUUCUAUUAACAAUCCUUUUCUACUUCGAUCAUAAUGUUUCAUCUCUUAUUGCUCAGGGCACCGAGUUUCCCCUGCGGAAGCCCGCUGGCUUCCACUGGGAUAUUUGGCUCCUCGGUCUUACCACCUUUGUUGCUGGUCUUCUUGGAAUUCCGUUUCCCAAUGGGCUCAUCCCACAGGCACCCUUCCAUACCGCUGCUCUGUGCGUGACUCGCCAGGUAGCCGAUGAGGAUGACACAAAUAAGGGAAAAGCUAUCCGAGUCACAGAUCACGUAGUGGAGCAGCGAGUCAGCAACUUAGCCCAAGGCCUCCUUACCUUAGGUACAAUGUCCGGGCCGCUUCUGAUUGUCCUCCACCUCAUUCCUCAAGGUGUCAUGGCCGGUCUUUUCUUCAUCAUGGGAGUUCAAGCACUCCAGGGUAACGGCAUUACCCAGAAGCUGAUCUUCCUCGCCCAAGACAAAGAGUUGACCCCUGCAUCGAACCCUCUGAAGCGGAUCAAACGCCGAUCCGCUAUCUGGGUAUUUGUCAUUAUCGAAUUGCUUGGUUUUGGUGCUACUUUCGCAAUCACCCAGACUAUUGCUGCCAUUGGUUUCCCGGUGAUUAUUCUCCUCCUGGUGCCUGUGCGGUCGUUCCUGUUCCCGCUUUGGUUCACGCGCGAGGAAUUGAAUGUUUUGGAUGCUCCUACCGCUAGUCCGUUUACCAUGGAAAGUGUCGGUGGUACGCAUGGAUCGGAAGAGCAGGAAUCUACAGAGGUGACAUCUAGUGGUGCACAAUCGAGCAAUGGAAACGGGGUCCUACGAGGUCGUUCCUCGUCUGAGGAAUCUGCUGUUGAGGAUAAUGAUCUUGAGCGGGGAGAGGCUUAUGAGCUUCGAUCGUCUAUGCGGAGAAGAAGUACAACUAGUCGAGCUGAUUGA